AUGAACAGUCAUCAUUAUUCUGCUGGUAUGCGGCAUCAACCAAGCAACGUUGCUUCAGAUUCAGAAUUGGCAUAUCGCUUAGAGCCAACUAUAAAUCAGAAUAAACUGGAACCUUCAAAAAACCCAGAGGGAGAAAAUCAUCAUGAAAAGAGUCUGGCUUUCAAUAACGAUAUGAAUAAAAGCCCCCCACCAUUACCAAAUGUUCCAAGUUCGUCCGAUAUAUAUACAAAAAAAAUUGCAAAUUUCAAACGAAAAUUAAAGACAUUGAAAGGUAUUUCCACCUUAGAUAUAAGGAAAACAUCACAGAGUACCAUUAAAGGUAACAAACAGCGAUGUGAAAACAAUUGUGACAAGCACAAAGUAGUCACAAGCAUGGAUGAUCGGGUAUUGGCGAACGUUUUAACCAUUGAUAAUAAUGUAACCAACUUUCCCACCUGUUUUAGUAGGAACAGUUUUGACGCUUCAUCACCAAAAGUAACUGCUCUGCUCGACCCGAAAAGCUUUAAUUUCCCAACUAGAAAGUUAGCUAGAGACACCAGAUGUUCGAUAUGUAACCUACAACUCGAUACAUCGUAUAAUAUCAUAAAAAAUGAACAUAUAAUAGAGCUUCAAUGUGGACAUAUGACACACGAGGAAUGUUUAUUGAUGGAGAUUGAGCUAAGCUUGACUUUAUCCAAAACGUUUCUGGAAAACCAGCAGAUGUUAAAAGACUUUUUUCCCCCAUGUGGAUCAUGCCCGAAUAACGUAAAAGCAGCAAAACCAAAAGAAGAAGAUAUUAUGACUCGAUUAUUUACUAGACUGAUUACUUCCGAAAUAAUCCCGAUUAGAAAUUCAAUUAUAUCAAAUCAAACACCAACAACACCCCUUUUCUCUGAUACAUCCAAAAUCUUAGACCAAAGUACUAAUUCCAUUUUAUCAAUAGACCAUAAACAUACGGACUAUACCAACCAUCUGGAAAUAGAGAAUUAUUUUGAUAUGCCUUCUUCUGUAAAAUCAACGGGCAAAUCAUUCUAUGGAGAGGAAAACAAUGAGAACACCAACACCAGCAAAUUGAAAAAAAAUAUUGAAGAGCAAAAGCAUUCAAAGAAAUCAUAUAAAACACAUAGGAAAAAGCCAUCACGGGGAUCAUAUGUUUCUGCCACUUCUGCGAUUGUCACUUCGUCUUCGUCAACCAAUAAUAUAAAGAAUGAAGCUGCAAAAAUCACGUACAAUGGAACACCAACAAUAGGUGACCAAAAAUUUAUAGAAGAUCUGGUCAAACUAUCGAACAAAAACAUUAUUGAAUCUACUGAUGAUGCAAAUUUCAAGCUGACCCUCAGCUUUGUCAAAUCUUUAGGAAAAUUAAUACUUGUAGAUAAACUUAACGCACUCGAAAGUAUUAAUGGAAAGCAAUCGACUGUUACCGAAAAGUAUUGUUACUUAUUUGAACACAUGUUAAUCACUAUAAGUUCGAAGGAUUACAUAUUUUCUAUGUUUACCAUAACACAUACAACAUAUGUCUACACACAACCAAGGUGUAUAACGAUGCAAGCAUGUAAAAGCUCCGCCAGUUAUUGCAACCUAUUGUUUGACAAAGACAUUGUAUUUGAAAGAUGGGCUAAAGUUUUGACAGAUCGACGAAAAAAAAUGGAAAUGCCUGAAAUCACACUAACAAUGCAUGAAAACGAAUUUGACUCCAUUCUGAGUGGACACUACAAUGAUGUUACUGAUGUAGAAACUAUUGGCACCCUUCAAAGCUAUAUUGGAGAUGAUGGCUAUAGAAGGCUACCGACUGGUGUUUGUCCGAGAUUCUAUGAGGGUAAUAUAGAUUCUUUAGUAUUUCAUCAAAAGCCUACUAAGGCAAUUAUUAUUAUCAACGAAGCCAAGCAUAUUCCAAGCUCUGUCGUACCGAUAAAAAACAUUGUAAAAUCUCUAUCACUUAUUGGUAUCGAUAUCCUUCUUUUGUUAUGUUCAACAUCUGCAUUAUCCAUGGAUAGUAAUGUUCACGAUAGUUGCGAAUUAAACAAAAAGGAUUAUAAAGGUAAAAUAGACAUGAUUAUGGAUAAAAUAGAUGAUUUUCAAAAUUUUCUUUUGGAUAAAAGCUGCAAUACUGUUAAACCAAAGGUGGAAGAUAUAAUAAACGAUCAGCUAUCUGAUGACAUAGAUAGUACCAUAAGUAUCGUCAUAUCUAGUUCUACUCUAAAUAACUUUGGUAACGUUUCCACGUAUAGUAGGAUAUUGAUGGAAGUUGGGCUUGACGGUAGACACAAAAGCAAGAGAGACGAUGUCAAAGAUUUAGCUAGUUGGGAUGAAAUUAUGGAGGUUAUUUGUGUUUGCUGUGGUUUGGAAUUUGAUGAAAGUGAUUUCUACAACUCUUCAAGCGAUGAUGAUGAUGACUAUGGUGAUGAUGACAAUGGUAAUGAUGAGGAUAAUGAUAAUCGUUGUGAUGAUCGUUACGGUGAUUCUUCAAAGCAAAAAAAUGUAGGGCACCAAAACGAGGCUGGCGAAACUGAGACGACCCAUAAAACAUCGUCUUUACUAUAUCCGGAUUCCAGCAAGAUUGACGAUGAUACCAUCUCGGAUAUUUUCAUGGAUUCUUUACGCAUUGCAAAGAAAAAUGACCAAGACGAUAAUUCUUCGGCCUUCACAUCUUAG